GACACAUCGUAUUGGACUACUACCUAAGACUGCCAUGGCUGAUUCGACGCCUGCAAGACUGAAAGUGAUUUUGGGGGAGAACAACAUUGAAAAACUGUCUCUUCCAAAUGGCAUACCGGAAUCAUUGGAUGACCUUCUCAGCAAGUUAAAGACUUUCUUUGGGUUAAAGGGCGACGUCAGACUGCAGUACAUGGACCAAGACUUUGGCAACGACUUCUUCAAUCUGAAUUCCACCACUCAACUUCAGGAUUUGGGAACAAUCAAAGUGAUCCACCAGCAAACAAAUACACCUUUGAACAUUGCCACUGAUACCACAUCAUCGUCUUCACUUGAGUGUGAUGGCAAUGUUUCGUUGGCAUCAGAUGACACAAUAAUCCUCUCAUCCCCCGAAUCUGUGUCCUCUCGAGCCAAACAGUGGCCAGCGGACUUUCCGAUUCCUCAAUUUUCAUAUGACACGGAGCUGCAGCUAGUGAAGGGGAAUUCUGAGUUUAAUGGAAGCCACAAAAUGUUGACUGUCAGCUCCCGAAGCAAGUCUGAUAUUCUGAAUAGACUUGCAGAAACAAUUUACGGGUACAAGGCCUAUCCAGAUGAUUCACAUUUCUGCACAGUAGCAGAGGCUCUUAUCAAAAAGCAUCCUUGUUUGAAAGAACCUGGCUCAUUCAAUGGCUGCAAUGGAUGGAAACAGCGCCUGAAAUAUAAGAUGGGAAACUACAGGACUCAGCUCAAAUUGCAGGGGUGCCCAGAGCUGGUGGUAAAUUCCCUGAAAUCUAAAGCUGCUACAGAUGCUUUCCCUGCUAAAAAAGUCAAGAGGCCAAAGCGAGCUGAGGCUAACUUUUAUCCAUCCUGGUGCCAAUCUGGAAAGCCUGGAAAAAUAAAGACUAGAACUUCUGACAGACAUCAGGAUAAGGAACAAUAA